GCAGAGCUUUCCCUGCUGACCGUCAUGUGCUACGACCGCUACGUGUCCAUCUGCAAACCCCUGCACUACGGGACCCUCCUGGGCAGCAGAGCUUGUGCCCACAUGGCAGCAGCUCCCUGGGCCUGUGCCUUUCUCUAUUCACUGCUGCACACAGCCAAUACAUUUUCCCUGCCCCUGUGCCAUGGCAAUGCCCUGGGCCAGUUCUUCUGUGAGGUGCCACAGAUCCUCAAGCUCUCCUGCUCCAAAUCCCACCUCAGAGAACUGGGACUCAUUGCUAUAAGUUCCUGUUUGGUAUUUGGUUGUUUUGUGUUCAUUGUUUUCUCCUAUAUGCAGAUUUUCAGGGCCGUGCUCAGGAUUCCUUCAGAGCAGGGACGGCACAAAGCCUUUUCCACCUGCCUUCCUUACCUGGCUGUGCUCUCUCUGUUCCUCAGCACUGCUGCAUUUGCCUACCUGAAGCUGCCCUCCAUGUCUUCCCCAUCCCUGGAUCUGGCCCUGUCAGUUCUGUACUCGGUGAUGCCUCCAGCCCUGAACCCCCUCAUCUACAGCCUGAGGAACCAGGAGCUCAAGGCUGCAGUGAGGAGAUUGAUGGCUGGAUGGUUU